CGCAGAGGCCCAGGGCCUGCGGAGGGACAGGAGAGCCGGGCUCAGUAUCCGGGAGUCGCUGGCUCCGCGGGGACUGCGCUCGGAAAGUCGGCGCUGUUUCGGCCUUAGUCCCCCUUGGGGAAGCUGGACGGCCCUUCGGCGGGCCGCGUCCCCGGCCAGGACCGCGUGCCAGGGACCAUGGAGUUCACGGCGUCGCCCAAGCCCCAGCUCUCCUCCCGAGCCAACGCCUUCUCCAUCGCUGCGCUCAUGUCCAGCGGCUCCAAGGGCAAGGACCCCACGGAGAACACCAUCAAGCCCCUGGAGCAAUUCGUGGAGAAGUCGUCCUGCGCGCAGCCGCUGGGCGAGCUGAGCAGCCUGGACGCCCGCGGGGAGCUGGGCGGCGGCCCGGCCUCCUCCUCCCCUUCGUCCCUGUGCACGGAGCCGCUGAUCCCCACCACCCCCAUCAUCCCCAGCGAGGAAAUGGCCAAGAUCGCCUGCAGCCUGGAGACCAAGGAGCUCUGGGACAAGUUCCACGAGCUGGGCACAGAGAUGAUCAUCACCAAGUCGGGCAGGAGGAUGUUCCCCACCAUUCGGGUGUCUUUCUCGGGAGUGGACCCGGAGGCCAAGUACAUAGUCCUGAUGGACAUCGUGCCAGUGGACAACAAGAGGUACCGCUACGCCUACCACCGCUCCUCCUGGCUGGUGGCCGGCAAGGCCGACCCACCCCUGCCAGCCAGGCUCUACGUGCACCCCGACUCCCCUUUCACUGGUGAGCAGCUGCUCAAGCAGAUGGUGUCUUUUGAAAAAGUGAAACUCACCAACAACGAGCUGGACCAGCAUGGCCACAUCAUCCUGAACUCCAUGCACAAGUACCAGCCGCGGGUGCACGUCAUUAAGAAGAAAGACCACACGGCCUCGCUGCUCAACCUCAAGUCCGAAGAGUUCCGGACGUUCGUCUUCCCGGAGACCGUGUUCACCGCCGUCACGGCCUACCAGAACCAGCUGAUAACCAAGCUGAAAAUAGACAGCAACCCUUUUGCCAAAGGAUUCCGGGACUCCUCCAGGCUCACGGACAUCGAGAGGGAAAGCGUGGAGAGCCUGAUCCAGAAGCACUCGUACGCCCGCUCGCCCAUCCGCACCUACGGGGGAGAGGAAGACAUGCUGGGUGAGGAGAGCCAGACAGCCCCGGCCCGAGGCUCGGCCUUUACCACGUCUGACAACUUGUCUCUCAGCUCCUGGGUCUCCUCCUCCGCUGCCUUUCCAGGAUUCCAGCACCCGCAGUCCCUGGGCGCGCUGGGCACCAGCACCGCACCCAUAGCGACGCCCAUUCCUCACCCCAUGCAGGGCUCCCUGCCGCCCUACAGCCGCCUGGGGGUGCCUCUGACCCCCUCGGCCAUCGCGGGCUCCAUGCAGGGGAGCGGCCCGACCUUCCCAUCCUUCCACAUGCCGCGAUACCACCACUACUUCCAGCAGGGGCCCUACGCCGCCCUCCAGGGACUGCGCCACCCCUCGGCUGUGAUGACGCCCUUCGUAUGACCCCCCCACCGGAGGCUCCCGGGCAGGGUGGCGGAGGGGACUGAACGCCAGGACGCGGGGCUGGAGCAGCAGCAGGGGCUCUCCAAGGCUGGGCCUUCCCGGGCAGGAGAACGGGACUCAGACAGCUACCAGGGGAGGGCGCGCCGGACUCAGCGCCAGCCGGGACGAGUCCCUGCAGACCCCCAGCGUUUGGUGACAGAGCUACUCCCACACACUGCUCCUGGCGUACACAUGCGGAGUCGGGGCGGCAGUGCAUAAACUCGGCGUGGACAGGUUUUCUUCCUGCUUCCUACGGGUGGAAGGGCCUUCCCAGAGGCGGUGCCACGUGCAUCCCCACCCGGUCGGCCGCCUUCCGCAGCCCUGGCUGUAAGAAGGCCGGGAGGUGCUCUGAGGCUGGCUCAGCCUGUCCCUUUCUGCUCAGUGUGGGGCGGGCUGUGCGGCCGCCCUGUCCGUGGGCGACUGUGUGGGGACGACUGCAGGAGGCCUGGUCGCACCCAGGGCCGGUGCCAAGGUUGGAGUUGCUGAUCCGGUCUCUUUCCUGAUGCUCUGGGAACCACUAGCCUCCGUCGAGGAAUCUUCCAUACAGCCGGGAAGCAAGGGCCUCUCCAGGCACACGGGCACGUGAGGCCGACCCUUCUGGACUGCGUCCUGGAGCCUCGCAGGGCCGGCGGGGGCUUCCGCAGCUGCAUCCUGGCACCCUGUCCUGAUAGGAGCCUCCGCGCGGCCAGACCCUUAGUUCACUUGGGCUUUGGGAGCCUCCCUGGCAGUGGGGCCAGAUUCUUUGAGAGCGCCUCUGAAAGCCGGGAGGCUGAGGGCGGCUCUGGGCGGUGACUCCGCGUCCCCUUGUCCUUUCUGCUCCCUGUGUCACAGCUGGGACUCCUGUGCCAUUUUCCAGUCCACACCAUGAGCCUACAUGUGGGCAGCUGACGUCCGAACGGAAACCUGGCACUUGGAAGUAAGCCUGGCGCAUCGUCCACCCUCCUGUCUUCUUCGCCUUCUUUUAACGUUUACGAUAGGAAUUCAUUCUAUUUUAGUUUAAUUUAACCUGUAUAUUAUUAUUAUCAUUAUUAGUAUUAGG